UCUGCUGGGUGGGCUGUGUGAGGGAGUGCUAACGGAACACAGACUGGGGACCUCGGCUUUCUGUGUCUGCAGUGGAAUAACUUAAUGGCUCCCCUCCCUCACCACCUCCCCAUGUUAGUCCUGCACGACGCUGAAGCCCCUCCCUCCAUCCAUCUGGUCUGGCUCUGGUAGUUGAGGCCAAGGGGAGCUGAGGGGGAGUAAACCGGAUACGGACUUUGGUUUAUUGGAAACUUUGGCAAACAGAGGGGGGAGGAAGGAGAGCCCACAGAGCAAAAACAGCCACUUUGGCCAGGGCCAGGCUGCGGUUAAGGUGGGGAGUGGAGAGGAUGGGUGACCCGGUCCUUGGUUUGGGGGAAGGGCUGACCCUGGGGUGCACACACCCAUCCCUGCGCAGCCCCGAGGGACUGCGACUUCGGAGAAAACCAGAUCUUUCCACUGACCUCUGUAUUGUCGGCCCGAGGCCAUUCUGGACGAUUAGGAGGGGGUGGCGCUACCUUAUCUGGGGCGUGCAGACUGAUGGUAGCCUCCUCCUCACCACCCCCCUUUUCUAGGGUCGGGGAGCUGCGGUCACGUUUCAUCUCCCUGUCCUAGUACGGUGCUCCCCCAAACAGGUCUGCGCACUCUUAGUGCGCGAGGACACACAGUCUGUCACCGGGCUCCGGCUACGGAAAGAGACUGAGGGCGGGUGCUCCGGGAGCCAGGAGGAGGAGGGCCAGCGGCCGGGGGCGGGGCAGUGGCCGAGCCGCCGCAGCUCAGUCGACUUGGGGCUACUGAGCUCUUGGUCCCAGCCAGCCUCACCCGUUCCGGAGCCCCCUGAUCCGCCGGACUCCGCUGGUUCCGGCCCCGCGAUGAGCCCACCGCUCAGCUCUGAAGAGCCCCCUGAGGGCAUGUGGACCACAGGCGCCCCUGUGAAGCCUGCAGACUCCGAGCGUUUGGAGCCCGCCAGCUCCACAGGAGGGUCGGGGUCCCGAGAACAGCCGAGGAUCACCGAGGCGGCGGCGGCCCGGGAGCGGCGGCGGGAGCAAGAGGAAAAAGAAGACACGGAGACCCAGGCUGUGGCAACGUCCCCGGAUGGCCGAUACCUCAAGUUUGACAUCGAGAUUGGACGUGGCUCGUUCAAGACGGUGUAUCGAGGGCUGGACACCGACACCACGGUGGAGGUGGCCUGGUGUGAGCUGCAGACUCGGAAACUGUCUCGAGCCGAGCGGCAGCGAUUCUCAGAGGAGGUGGAGAUGCUCAAGGGGCUGCAGCACCCCAACAUCGUCCGCUUCUACGACUCCUGGAAGUCCGUGCUGAGGGGCCAGGUUUGCAUCGUGCUGGUCACCGAACUCAUGACCUCGGGCACGCUCAAGACAUACCUGAGGCGGUUCCGCGAGAUGAAACCACGAGUCCUUCAGCGCUGGAGCCGCCAAAUCCUGCGGGGGCUCCAUUUCCUACACUCCCGAGUACCCCCUAUCCUGCACCGAGACCUCAAGUGUGACAACGUCUUUAUCACCGGCCCUACGGGCUCCGUUAAGAUCGGGGACCUGGGCCUGGCCACGCUCAAGCGCGCCUCCUUCGCCAAGAGCGUCAUCGGGACCCCGGAGUUCAUGGCCCCAGAGAUGUACGAGGAAAAGUACGAUGAGGCCGUGGACGUGUACGCGUUUGGCAUGUGCAUGCUGGAGAUGGCGACCUCGGAGUACCCCUACUCAGAGUGCCAGAAUGCCGCUCAAAUCUACCGCAAGGUCACCUCGGGCACGAAACCCAACAGCUUCUACAAGGUGAAGAUGCCCGAGGUAAAGGAGAUCAUUGAAGGCUGCAUCCGCACGGAUAAGAAUGAGAGGUUCACCAUCCACGACCUUCUGGCUCACGCCUUCUUCCGCGAGGAGCGCGGCGUCCACGUGGAGUUGGCGGAGGAGGACGACGGAGAGAAGCCGGACCUCAAGCUCUGGCUGCGCAUGGAGGACGCGCGGCGAGGGGGGCGCCCACGGGACAACCAGGCCAUCGAGUUCUUGUUCCAGUUGGGCCGGGACGCGGCAGAGGAGGUGGCUCAGGAGAUGGUGGCCCUGGGCUUAGUGUGUGAAGCUGAUUACCAGCCAGUGGCUCGUGCAGUGCGUGAACGGGUUGCUGCCAUCCAGCGAAAGCGUGAGAAGCUGCGUAAAGCUAGGGAGUUGGAGGCCCUCCCCCCAGCGCCGAGACCCCCACCAGCAGCUGUCCCCAUGACUCCUGGUCCCUCCAGUGCCUUCCCUCCUGAGCCCGAGGAGCCAGAGGCAGACCAGCACCAGCCCUUCCUCUUCCGCCAUGCCAGCUAUUCAUCUACCACCUCGGAUUGCGAGACUGAUGGCUACCUCAGCUCUUCCGGCUUCCUGGAUGCCUCAGACCCUGCCCUUCAGCCCCCUAGCGGGGUGCCAUCCAGCCCCGCUGAGUCCCAUCUCCGCCUGCCCGCGGCUUUUGCUCUAUCCAUUCCACGUUCUGGCCCCGGCAAUGACUUUUCCCCUGGAGAGAGUUAUGCCUCAGAUGCAGCAUCAGGCCUUAGUGAUGUGGGAGAAGGGAUGGAACGGAUGAGGAGACCCCCAGGGAAAAACCUCCGGCGUAGACCUCGAUCCCGGCUUCGGGUCACAAGUGUCUCAGACCAGAAUGACAGAGUGGUUGAAUGCCAGCUGCAGACGCACAACAGCAAGAUGGUGACCUUCCGAUUUGAUCUGGAUGGGGACAGCCCAGAAGAGAUCGCAGCUGCUAUGGUGUACAAUGAGUUCAUUCUGCCCUCGGAGCGACCUGGAUUCCUGAACCGGAUUCGGGAGAUUAUCCAGCGAGUGGAGACCCUGUUGAAGAGAGAUACUGGCCCUGUGGAGGCUGCUGAAGACCCUCUGAGUCCCCAGGAGGAGUCAGCAUCACUGCCUGCUCUCCCGGGGUCCCCCCCAGACCCAUCCAGGGCAGAGCUCCAGAGCAGCACCUCCCUGGAGCAGAGAUGCUGGGCAGCUUUUUCCACCUCCACAUCUUCUCCUGGAACCCCCUUGUCUCCUGGAAGCUCCUUUUCUCCUGGAACUCCUGUUUUCCCAAGUCCCAUCCUUCCCAUCACUUCUCCCCCAUGUCAUCUCAACUCCUCAUUCUCCCCAAUUUCUCCUCAGGCCUCCUCAAAUCUCUCUCCACACCCCCCAAGCUGCCCACUUCCACUCUCCCCCAGUGCACCCCAGUUUCCAAUCCGAUCUGCUCAGUUCCCACAGAGUUCUCUCCUCCCCGAUUGUUUCCAGGGCACUUUCGCUCCUCCCUCCUUCCCCCCCUGCCCCUCUGCUUGUCCCCUCCCCUCCACCACCGCAGCCCCUCUCCUCUCUCUGGCUAGUGCCUUCUCUCUGGCUGUGAUGACCGUGGCUCAGUCCCUGCUGUCCCCGUCCCCUGGGCUCCUGUCCCAGUCUCCUCCAGCUCCUCCUGGUCCUCUCCCUAGCCUGCCCCCUCCCACUCCCUGUACUCCUUGUGGCCAGGAGUGGCCUUCAUCUCUGACAGCUGAGGUGGAGAGUGAGGCCUCUCCAAAUCUUGGUCAGCCAUUCCCGGGUGAAGCCAGAUUGGCGCCCAUCUCGGAAGAGGGAAAGCCUCAGCUUGUUGGGCGCUUCCAAGUGACUUCAUCCAAGGAACCAGCUGAGCCUCUUCCCCUGCAGCUGGCAUCCCCAACUCCCUCUGGCUCCCUGAAGCCUCCAACCCCUCAGCUGACCUCGGAGAGCUCGGACACGGAGGACAGUGCUGGAGCCAGGCCAGAGGCCAGGGAGGCUCUGGCUGAAAGUGACCGUGCAGCCGAGGGCCUAGGGGCUGGAGCUGAAGAGGAAGGGGACGAUGGGCAGGAACCCCAAGUAGGGGGCAGCCCUCCACCCCUGAGCCAUCCUAGCCCAGUGUGGAUGAGCUACUCCUAUAGCAGCCUGUGUCUGAGCAGUGAGGAGUCCGAGAGCAGCGGAGAGGACGAGGAAUUCUGGGCUGAGCUGCAGAAUCUUCGGCAGAAGCACUUGUCAGAGGUGGAGGCACUACAGACACUACAGAAACAGGAAAUCGAGGACUUGUAUAGCAGGCUUGGAAAGCAGCCCCCACCAGGGAUCGUGGCCCCUGCUGCUAUGCUGUCCAGCCGCCAGCGCCGCCUCUCCAAGGGCAGCUUCCCCACCUCACGGCGCAACAGCCUGCAGCGUUCUGAGCCCCUGGGCCCGGUGAAUUAUGAACAGAAGCCAUGUGUCUCACCCACACCUGGGCCCACCAUGGAGCUUAUGCCCUUAGAAUCUGCUGACCAACACAACUCUGCAAGGAAGACCUCAGCACUGAGGGAGUAGGAGGCUGGACGGGCAUGGACAGUGCUGCUGCCCUAGAAGGAAGAGCCAAACAUGUGGGAACUGUUUGCUGUGUGUAGAAGGUGUACGUUCUGUAAAUCCUCAUCCUUGCCACCUCCCCAGCCAAGAGAGAACCACUAAAUAGUCCCACCUGAGUCCAGAUGAUUCUAGAAGGCACACUCCCAGUUGGAAAGGAGGAGGGAAAAUUAGUAGCAGCCAAUAAAAAUUCUGGAACCUAGAA